GGUGCCCAGGGAGGGGCUGGGGCUCUUCCAAGCUCGGCUGAUCUCUUAUCUCCCAGGGCUUUGCCUUAUCUGAUGAGGCCUGACAGGCAGCAGAUGAGCCACUGACAAGUCCUAAAGUUACUGAGUAACCCUGGCCUCUUUAAAAGCCCCACUGUUUGCCCCUGACAUUCAGCACCUGUCAGUCCUGUCUGCUGGGCACUGCUGCCAUGAACACCUUCCUGCUUUCCACGCUGUGCCUCCUGGGGGCCUGGGCAGCCCUGGCAAAGGGCGUCACCGUGCAGGAUGGAGAUUUCUCCUUUCCUCUGGAGUCAGUGAAGAAGCUUAAGGACCUCCAGGAACUCCCGGAGUCCAAGGUUGGGAGCCUCAGGAAGCUUGCGCCCGUGCUUUCUGAGCCUGGGGCUCCCCGGCAAUGCGGCUCCCCAGCGUUUCCGGAAGCACUCAAGCCGCUCUGCGAAGAGCCCAACGCCGAGGAGAUCCUGCAGAGGCUGGAGGCCAUCGCUCACGACCCGAGCACCUGUGAGAUCUGUGCCUAUGCUGCCUGUACCGGAUGCUAGGGCAGCAUCGCUGGCUGCCUUCUUCCCCAACACGCAGGAAGCCCUUUCUUCUGCUGGAAGGGUGGCCUGUGAUACCCCCACUUCUAGCCGCUGGGGGCUGGGAGGA